AUGAAGAAGCUUUUCAGCCCCUGGCUCUGGAGGGACGAACCUCGCCGCAGCUCCUCUGACCUUCAGCUAGACCCGGCCCGCGCUGCCUCUAGCUCUCAGCUCCUAGCCCAGCCGGGCUACAAACUGCGGAAUAGAGAUUUAAGGAAACUUCAUAAAGCGACUUCGGUUGGGAAUGUGGAGAAAGUGCAGAAGUGCCUUGAGCGCAGGAAACAUGAUGUGAACAUGCGUGACCGAGAACACAGAACACCUUUGCAUCUGGCCUGUGCUAAUGGAUAUUCAAAUAUUGUGUUUCUCUUACUCGAGAAACAAUGCAAAAUAAAUGUCCAGGACAGAGAAAACAGGUCUCCGCUGAUUAAGGCUGUGCAAUGUCAAAACGAAACUUGUGCUAUUCUUCUUCUAAAGCAUGGUGCAGACCCAAAUCUCACAGAUAGUGAUUGCAAUACUGCCCUUCACUAUGCUGUGUGUGGUCAAAGCAUUGCAUUAGUACAGAAGUUGCUUGAACACAAGGCCAAUCUUGAAGCUCAAAAUAAGGAUGGAUAUACUCCCCUUUUACUUGCUAUUACUGAAAAUAAUGCAGACAUGGUAGAAUUUCUUCUGAACAGAGGGGCAGAUGUGAAUGCUUCAGAUAACUUUCAAAGAACAGCCCUUAUGAUUGCUCUCAGUGAGGAACCAACAAGUGUAGUUAACCUUAUCCUUCAGCAUGAUGUGGACCUGUCCUGCAAAGAUAUUUAUGGAUUCACCGCUGAGGACUAUGCUUCUUUUAAUGGUUUUACUAUAUUUUAUCAAUUAAUGGCAAACUAUGGGAAGGAAAAAGAGAAAGAGACGUCUUUUUUGGAACCACAACUUGAGCACUCUAUGUGA